GUCGUGUCCAACAGCAGCUGUGUUGAGGAGCAUCUUAGAGGAGAGCUGAAGAGUUGCAGAAAAGAUGUUCCACAUUUUGUUCUUGGGUUUGUUAGUCAUCAUCCCAGAGUCCCUUUGCACUAAUCCUGGUGCUGUGGCCCGGAUUACCGAAAAAGGACUAAACUAUGGUCUUGAAAUUGGGAUUUCUGUGCUACAAGAAAAACUACAGCAGCUGACAAUUCCCAGUUUCAGUGGGACCGAGCACAUUCCCAUAGUGGGCAGUGUGGAAUACAGCUUUACACAGAUACACAUGACCAGCGCUUCGUUUCCAAGCUCAGCACUUAGUCUCGUUCCUGGUUCAGCCAUCCAAGUGACUAUCAGUGGUGCCCAGCUUGGUCUUAGUGCAGAAUGGGCCGUCAAGUUCCUAACAUUUUUCCAUGAAAAAGGUUCUGCUGACCUCUCUGUGUCUGAUCUGAGCAUUAUAGCCAACAUCAAUGUACACACCGACAAGUCCGGCGUGCCAGUCCUUAGUGCGGGUAGCUGCACCAGUCAGAUUGGCAGCUUGACAGUCAGAUUCCAUGGAGGCCACAGCUGGCUUUACAACCUUUUUGACCUUGUGAUUGAAGAAAUUCUGCGCUAUGAAAUCAACCAAUUUGUGUGUCCCCUGGUUACAGAAAGCAUCAAUUACUUCAACCCCAAGAUCAACACUUUUAACUUCCAGACACCAGUCAAUGCAAUUGCUGAAGCGGAGUAUGGCCUGAUUAACAACCCUAUUAUUUCCCAGAAUUACAUUGAUGUGGACUUAAAGGGAGAAAUUAUCAGCAGGACUCAUCCUCAAAAGAACACACUGGUUCCUGAAGCCUUUUCUCUUCCAGAUAACGACAACUCCAUGUUAUACCUAGGGCUCUCUGAAUAUCUUCUGAACACAGGUGCUCAGGUGUACUAUGACAGUGGUAUCUUUCAGAUGACAGUCACACAAGACACAUGGCCAGCUGGAAUGCCAUUUUCAUUGAACACCAACACUCUGGGAAUCCUAAUUCCUCAGGUUGCCAAGCUGUAUCCCGACCUGCCAGUGCAGAUGCAAAUCUUUGCCAACAAAGCCCCAACAGUGACAAUGAUGGCCAAUUCUGUGACAAUGAAGAUUCCCUUUACGGUUCAAGUCCAAGGCAUCAAGCCGCAAAACACUGCUGUGCCCAUCUUCACUCUUAAUGUUGAUGCAACAUUCAGCAAUAACAUCUUUAUUAAAGGAAGCUCUCUCUAUGGAUCUUUGUCUUUGAACAGCAUAAAUCUAUCCUUGGCACAGACAUCAGUUGGAACAUUCAAGCCUAAUGUGUUGCAAAACUUUAUGGAAAUUGCUCUGAGCAUGGACACCUUGCCCAAAAUGAAUGCAUUCUUAAGUAAUGGAUUCCCUCUUCCAAAUAUUGCUCAAGUGAACUUUAUAAACCCUCAGAUUUCCAUCAUGCAGGCAAGUACACUUUUAUUCCAUUUUUAACAGGAAAUGAAGAGAUACAAGUUUAAGGUUGCUU